AUGAAAUUGGCCUCUUCAUGCAGCCCAGAAAGACGCAUCAAAAAAAGUGUUCUGGAACGUUUGAGGAUUACAAAAAUAUCUUCAAGUAAAAAUAUUUUUAAAAAUAUAUUGUUUUUUUAAAGCUGGCUUUUACAGAGAAGUUGAAAGGAAAAAGGUGUGAGGGGACGUCCGAGAAAGGAUGCAAAAGUUCCGGGACAAGGUUUUUUCUUUCGAAAUUUUUCGGCCAAUUUUCAUUUUCUAGAGAAGACGAACCGGCCAACUCUCUCCGAAUCUGCUUGUGAAGCCGUUGGAGAGCCGUCAAAUGAGGAUCCAACUGCAAUAGAUGACGGUUUUCAUUUUCUCCGUUCUUGCAAAACUAAAAUCGUAUUUUUCAGGACACGACACGGCUGCCAUUAUUACGGAGGGAAUUGCUAUUAAAAACUCGCCGAUUGGGAGGGUGAGGAAAUGUUCCCUGUCGAUCUGACUUUUUGUCCCCCCAAAAAUGAGUUCGUUGAGCAUUUCAUCCAUGCUCAACGAACUCAAUAUUCAUUGUUUUAAAACAUACGCCUAUCUCAAAUCAAUUUUUUUAGAACAUUUGAAAUUAUUAAAUCGAUUGUCUUAUUAAAUUUUCGAUUAGAAAUACGGUAUGUGUUCAAUUUUCCUUCAAAAUCAAGAAUUCUCAGUCUAAACAGAUCGAUUUGAUGAUUUUUUUGAUGCAAAUUUUGUAAAUUUAGAGAGUUUUAAUGCAAGGUUUGAAAAAGAAAUGAUGGUUUGAAUUAUUUUUCCUUUUUCGUUAAUUUGUUUUUGCUCAACGAUUCUUAUUGAAGUUUCAAAAAGUAUUUUUUUCAACAGAGAAAUUUCGUUUUUCGUGGCCGAUUUCUCUUUUUGCUUUUCGGUUUUUGGGUUUUUGAAAAAGACUUUUAAAUGGCGAAAGCCUUUUAAGCUGCAUUUUUCCCAAAAUAAAUGAAAAAUUUAUCGAUUUAACUUGAAAGUAAUCCGAUUUUCGAUGGUAGGACGAAAAAAAUUUGAUCCGCAAAAAUACGUCGCGUGAAAAUUGCGACCACAUAACUUAUGAGCCACGAAAAAUUUUAAGCCUUUUAAAAUUUUGUCCAUUUAAAUUAGAAAUUACUUGCAUAUAAGGCUUUCAAUUUCUGUAUUUUCUGUUUUUUUCUUUGUUCUGGUCUUCUUCAAACUUGUGCUCUAGUACGGAUUCUCAUUUCUGCGUUGAGAUAUCCCGGCGAUUUCAGGAUUUGAUAACGUUUUGAAACCUAAUUUCGAGUUUUAACUCUUUUUCUUCUGUUUUCCCAAUUAAUUUGUGCUAUAAAUCAUUAAAGUUCAAAAUCUGUCAACUAAAUACGUUUUCCAUGUUUAUAACAAAAAAUGACAGACUUCUUAUUGAUGAUAAUGAUUGAAAUUUCUAGAAACCUACUGAAAACAGUGGCUCUAGCUCUGGAAUUAAUCAAUAUCAAGAACAAAGGGAAAAAAUGAAAAAAAGGAAAAGAAAGAAAUUCAAAAAGUCAUCAUCUGAGCAAUUUUAAAAUUUUACGAAAAAAAUUUUUUGAAGGCUUGAAAUUUUCGUGGCUCUUAGGUUAUGUGGUCGCAAUUUUUCACGCGACGUAUUCUUGCGGAUCAAAUUUUUUUCGUCCUACCAUCCAAUUUUUCGAUUAACAGAAACGGUCAACCGGAAUCCUCCAUCGGCUCAAGCUCCCCUGGAUUUUUCCUACCUCGGAGACCGCACUUCACCAUCCGGCGCGUUUCUCUCCCGUCGUUCCCGUCAACAGUAAAAUAUAAAAAAAGAUUUAAUUUAAAAAAACUACCAUUUUUCAGACGAGAAUAUUGAUCACUGGGCAGUUGUUGCUGAUGAAAAAGAGCCCGAAAAAAAUAGAAAAAAACCAGCUGGAGUCCAGCAAGGUGGCUUUUUGUCGGGAAUCUAAAUACAUUGAAAGUAUCUGUUGAAAAAAAGGCUCUUUUUGGGAGUGGAAUCUGAAUAGAGAUUUGAAAAAAAGUUACGUUUUUUUCAAAAUGAGAAAAAAAGAAAAAAAUGAAGAUUUUUUUAAAAAUCGAUUUUCUAUAUUUUGAGCUUAAAAUAGGACGUCGCGCUUUUUAUUUUAAUGAUUAAUCUUAUUUUCGAGCUUUUUGAGAUCCUAAACCUUGGAACCGCAUUAAAAAAACUGGAGAUAAAUUUUAAUUGGGACCUCUUUUCUAAAUGAUCAAAAUGAGAAGAUUUCAGUGCUUUUUGGCUCGGAACCGUUUUUUUUAAGAGUUUGUAGCUGCUAUUUUGAUUUUUUUAGGCAUUUUUGAGAAGGUUUUGUGAUAAAUGAACCUUCAAAUUCACCAAAAAAACGUUGAAAUUUAGUUCUUUUUUUGUGCACAUUUUGACUUAUAUUUCCAAUUUAUACUCGAAAAUCAACCUUGAAACUCACCAAUAAGCCCAAUUCGGGACCUUUUUUGUGAAUAUUUGAAAAUCAUUUCUGACUUUUUACAGCGCGGCUGCUAUGAAUGCGGCAGGGAAGUCGAUCAGCGAGAACUUCAAAUUUGUUCAAAUUCCAGCCAAUGCCAAACAGCCCUCAUCAUAGAUAUUACAAAGCAAAAGAAUCCGCGGAAUCUGGAAAUAGCGGUAAAUUCCGAAAUAAAAACAAAUGAAAAGAGAAACUUUCUUUCAGUUUUCGUCGUGGGCAAUUUGUCGCGAGUGUCGUCACACCAAUCCGCGCCAUAGAAACCAUGAGACCAAGGAAUGGCUCCAGACCAUGGUAAACCAACUAUCCAGGGUUAAAAAAAUGGACAAAAGACUUAGAAGUGUUUUUCUUCUUUAAAUUCAGAAAAACUUUGACAUUAAAUUCUGUAGACAGAAAAAUUGAUUAAAACUGGCAAAAAGCUGUUUUUUUCGUCAAAUUUAUUUACGAAAAAAAUCUUCUUUUCAAAAAAAUUUUGUGGAGAAAAAAACUGAUUCUAGAAACUAAAAAGUUUUUUUAUUAGUCAUAUUUUUUUGUGGGAGAAACGUACUUUCUUUAAUUUUGAAGAAUGAACUAUAAUUUUUAAACAAGGGUUUUUAAACUCAUUUUUUUCCCCAUUCGUUUGUUAAAUUUUUUUCAUGUCUGUUUUUGAACAUGAAAUCAUUUUUUUAUCUUACUGAUUUCUUUUUGAAAAACGCGCGAAAAACCAAAAAUAAUGUGUUCGCUUCAAAAAAAUUCAAUUUUUUUGAAAAAUCAAGAAAAAAAUUAUAUUGAAAGAUUGCAAAUUUUUACGAAAUAUAUCUUUUCUCAAGAACUUUUGCACUUUGAAGCUCUCUGAGACGUUGAAUGUCUCGCUCGCUCUCCCUCAGAGCGCUCUCGCAAGACAUGGUUUAUGUCUAUCCUCAAUUGGGCCAGGCGAUAAAGUCACUUGUGAGUUUGACAGAAAGUAUUUCAAGAAAAAGAAAAAAAUCAGUGUUACAAAUUUUCAAGAUCUGAAAAAGAAAAAUCGAUCGAAAAAUCAUGUAUUUUUUUGCAAUUCUAUCCGAAUUUUUUUGUGGGUUUUGCGAAAAUUUGAGUCGUUUUUAUGCUGGAAAAUACAGAAAUUCGUGUUAAAAACUUUGGAAAAAAACUUGUCAGAAAAAUUUUUUUAUCAGUAUGAGAAUUUUAUUUUUCCUCUCCUUUUCUCAAGAUUUGAAAAAUGAAAAGAUUUUGAGACCUUUUUUUGUUGGCUAGAUCAAUUUUUUUCUAGAAGAACUUUAAAAAUUCCAGUUUGAAAAAUGAAUGGUAUCUUUUUAGGUCAGCGAGGAAAAUCUUAAAUUGAAGAUCCUGGACGUCAACUCGGCUGAACAGUUUGACGCCAUGAUAACCGAAGUCAUUUUUUUGAUUGUACCUUGAAAAAAAUAGCCAUUUUUUUGUAGCUCGAAAAAAAUAGACUCUUGUUUUUAAAAAAUUCCAUCCUAUCUCUAUUCUUUUUGAAAUCGUUCUAAUCUUUUUUUUUUAUAGUUGUAGGCAUUUUUCGAAUAUUGAGGCUAGUUUUAAACACGCAGUUUCAGAAUUUUUUUCGAAAAAAAAAAAACUAAUUUUCGAUAUUUCAGUCUUCCUGAAAGUUGCAUUUAUUUUUCAUUUUGCGGGUUUUCAGUAUACUGAACGGCUCAGAGAUGCAAGGGAGAAAAUGGAGAAGAUCAGAAAGGAGCAACACGAACUCCGCUGUGCUGUUAUGCGUGUGGAA